AUGUCUUGGUUAGAGCCCCUCAAGCUGGCCAUCAAGCUCUACAACGAUGGCGACAACGAGGCUUGUGUUGCACAGGUCAACAGCAUAAUGACAGACACGCUGCCUCUCUACCCACGCAUACGCUGUCACAUUCUUCUAGGUCAUGCACUCGACAACUGGUACGAAGCUGAGGCAGAGCGCUUUCAUGCCGAGAACAACUUCGGCCACUGGCGCCUCUACCGACGUUCUAGAGACACCGCUGAGACUGAAAGAAAGUCUAGGGAGCUUCGUCGACUUCUCGAUGACCUUGGUGAAGAGUUGAGAUCUUGGAGACCGGAUGACUGGUAUGAGCAUCAAUGCUUUUGGACCGAAGCCGACGCACAAGCCCGGGACGCUGCUAUCACCAAAGCUAUUGAGGAGUGGAAUGCUAAACGUGCCGAAGGUGAAGAAGAGGAAGGAGCUGAAGAGGCUGAGGACGAGGCAAUGGAAGUUGGUGAACAAUGUGAGGGUGAACACGAGGAAGCCGCCGAAAAGAAGGCAGCUGACGAGGAGAGAACUGGCGAGGAGAAUAGAGCUGCUGGCGAUGCGGCUGAGGCUGAACAUCCUCGCAAUUCUGAUCAGAACCCGUUUUCUGGCUCUACUGGCGAUGAUCUCGCAGGCCGUGUAGGUGCUAUCGAGGAGCACAUCGCCGGCAUCAACGACACUCUUCAAAAGCUCGACCAAACUCUGGAUAACAUGGGCGGAACCAUCGACAGAGGCUUUUCAGAUAUCUGUGAGGAAUUAAGGGGUUUUCGUGACGAAAUCUCGCGAAUGUCCNNUGAGAACAGCGUCUCCUCCUGCAGCCAACCUGACGCUUCUCCUUCGUCAAACGUCCAAGUCACCACUCGAACAAACUUCGACAAGCAAGCACCUUUCAACCCAGUCCCUUCUGGUCACCCGGCAUACCUCUUUAUCGCUGUGUCAGGUACAGGUUCUUCACGCCAAUUUGGCUACCCAACUAUUGGCUGUGAGGGUGGCAGCUUCGUCACCGUCACAGGCUCGGAGCUGGCCAGAUUCGACGACGAAGGUAGAGUGUUCAAUAUAACACCUCGAGAUUCUUUCAUCGGUAACUUCUUGGACAAUGUCGAUGAGUGA